CGACCCUUCAACGAGUGAUCCAAAUGGGAGUGAUAAAAACUUUUCGCUGUCAAUUACAUCGUCUAUGCUCACGCAGAUUGCACCGUCCAGCAUCCCAAGUGGAUUGCUACGACUCUGAUGGUUUAACGAGGCGUGACUAUUGGCUGCCCUUCAGAACGAGACUCGGCACAGCGCCCUUGGUUCUAGUCCAUCAUGGCCCAUAGUUUGGCAAACUAGCGCGCCCAGGCUGAGGCUUGAGCAUGUAGCGAUUGCUGUAGCGUAUGCUGUAGCGUAUGCACGUACACGCACCUAUCACGGCCGCAGACGAUUGUGCUUGGGCAAGGUGGUGAAGCAAAGACGU